AUGGUGAAAGCUAAGAAGAGAACAUCCAAAAGGACUUCUACUCGUAUGAGAGAAGGGAUCAAGAAGAAAGCUGCUGCCCAAAGAAGAAAGGACAGAAAGUUUUCUAAGAAAGAUCCUACUUGGAGAUCUAGAGUUCCUAAAGAUCCAGGUAUCCCAUCAAGUUUCCCAUACAAAGAUAAAAUCAUCAAUGAAUUAGAAGAAAACAGAAGAUUAGAACUUGAAAGAAAGGAACGUUUGAAAUUAGAAAGACAAGAAAGAGCUGCUGCUGGUAAUAUGGAAGAUGAUGAAAUCAUGGAUGAAGAUUCAGAAUCUGAUGAAGAAGAAGGUAAUGGAAUGGCUGCAUUAUUAGAAUCAGCUCAACAAGCAGCUAAAAAAUUCGAUGGAGAAGAAAGUGACGAUGAUGAAAUGGUUGAUUCAGAAGAAGACAUCGAAUACGACAUUGAAAUUGAUGACGAUAAUGAUAAUGACAAAUCAGAAUUGGAUAAAUCCCGUAAAGCUUAUGAUAAAAUUUUUAAAACUGUUGUUGAUGCAUCAGAUGUUGUUUUAUACGUUUUAGAUGCUAGAGAACCUGAAGCCACUAGAUCAAGAAAAGUUGAAGAGGCUGUUUUACAAAACCACAAUAAAAGAUUGAUUUUAGUUUUGAAUAAAGUUGAUUUAAUUCCAACUGAUAAUUUAAAUAAAUGGUUAGAUUUCUUAAAACAAUCAUUCCCAACUGUUCCUGUUAAAGCAUCCCCAACCACUUCAUCAGCUUCAUUCAACAAGAAUUUAACUUCCAAUUUGACUGCCAAUAAUUUAUUACAAGCAUUAAAAUCAUAUGCUUCAAAAUCAAAUUUAAAAAGAUCAAUUGUUGUAGGGGUUAUUGGAUAUCCUAACGUUGGGAAAUCUUCUAUCAUCAAUUCUUUAACUAAUAGACAUACUAACUCAUCAAAAGCUUGUCCUGUUGGAAAUCAAGCUGGUGUUACCACUUCCAUGAGAGAAAUCAAGAUUGAUUCAAAAUUAAAAAUCUUAGAUUCUCCUGGUAUCGUUUUCCCUGAUGAAUUGAACAAAAGAUCUACCAAAGCUAAUUAUGAAUCUAAAUUAGCUUUAUUAUCUGCAUUACCACCAAAACAAAUCACUGAUCCAAUCAGUCCUUUCAACUUAUUGUUGAAGAAAUUCGCUAAAAAUGAUGAAAUGGCUAACGGUUUAAAACAAUACUAUAAUUUACCUGCUUUACCAUCAUCAGAUUUCAAUGAAUUUUCUAAACAAUUCUUAAUUCACAUUGCUAGAACCAAAGGAAGAUUAGGUAAAGGUGGUGUUCCAAACUUAGAGUCUGCUGCCAUGUCAGUAUUAAAUGAUUGGAGGGAUGGUAGAAUUCUUGGUUGGACAACUCCUAAUAUUGGAAAACAAGAAGAUAUCGAAUUGGAUGGUCCUAAAUCUUCUUUAAGAGGUGAUAAAGAACCCCCUAAGGUAGAACAAACCCUUGUUGUUAAUACUUGGGCUAAAGAAUUCGAUUUAGAUGGCUUAUUAAAUGAUAAUUUUGGUAUAUAA